UCCAACCACCCUCAACCCCUAUCCACGUCCAUCGCUCUCAACAGGACCCUGGACAACAACUAUCAACUCAACCCUCGACUUACUUCUCGCCAUCGACUACCGACAGAUAUCUUCAAAGUAUUCCGAUCGAUCCACACGUAGAAACUAACCAUGUCUAGCGCACACAGGCCAACAUGGACUCCCGCUAUGGGAAAAGAUGCGCGGAUGAAUACGAAGCAAUACAGUUCGCGAGACAUUGCCGCACAUACCAAGCUCAAAUACCGACAGCCUGGACAAAACAGUAAGGAUGACCUAGCUCGACGUGAUCUGAAACUAGAACUUGAGAUGGCCGAGCGUGAAUCUGCGGCCAAGAGACGGCGUGCGGCUGGAUUAUUACCGAUCAAUGAAGAAAAUCAAGCAAAUGAGAAACAAUCGAGUACGAAGUUACUAGAAGAUGGAACCGAUGAAGAAUCAAAGGCCAAGCGAAGGAAGAUUCUUGAGGAAGCGUUACUGGCUGAUAAGGAUGACUCUGAGAGUGAUGAGGAUUCAGAUGAUGACAAGAGAGGAUCCAAGCGACACGGCAAAGGAAAGGCGACCUCAGUACCCUUAUCUAGCCACAAUGGAAGUGAUAACGGCAGGACGAACGGGAAGAAUGAUGAUGAGGAAAGUGACGAUGACGACGAUGAUGAUGAUGAUAGUGAUGACGACGAGUCGGAAACUGCUGAAUUGUUGAGAGAGCUGGAAAAGAUCAAGCGUGAACGGGCUGAAGAGAAAGAACGCCAGGAACGUGAAUCAAACGCCAAUGCAGCUUUAGAUAAAGAAGCUGAAGCGGCCGUUGGCAAUCCUCUUCUUAAUCUCAAAGCUGCUUUGAAUCAAAACGGCCUUUCUCCGACCAAUUCAGUCUCCACUUCGUCCAAUAGUUUUUUCGUCAAACGACGGUGGGAUGAUGAUGUCAUUUUCAAAAAUCAGGCUCGUGAUGUGAACGAGAAACCAAAGAAAGAAUUCGUCAAUGAUCUCCUGCGAACUGAGUUCCACCGAAGGUUUUUAAAAAAAUUUAUUGCUUAGAAGUUAUUACAGACAUCGUUCCUUUACCUAAUAAUCUUACCGACUGUUCAGCAUUGUACUACAAAAAGUCUCUUCUGCCUGCUCAGCUGACUGUUGAAUAUCUUGUCAAACAAAACUUGGGGUGACAUGGUUAUUGCCUAACCCCAUUACGACGUUUGAUCUAGUGGACCUUAUUUCAUGAAUGAGAAUCAGUAGCUUGGCAUUUGAUAGGUCACUGCUGGAACUCAUCACACUACUAGCAGUAGUGUGUCGGACAAGUUAGUCACAUUUCGAGUAGG